UUAAAGCGCUGACCUGCAAAUCGCUCCCCGCAAGAUAGUUCAGACUUUCGUCUCCUCUGUUGUUCUUUGUUAAAGUCGGCAACCGGCGAUCAAUAAUAUACCACUGAAUUGCCCAAUUAACAAGACUUUCUAUAUCUCACGAACUGCAGAUCCAGAAUGCAUUCCAGAAAAACCCAAUUAUUCCUCCAAUCCCCAAAUUUCGAAACCCUAACCCUAAACCUAGACUCGUCCAAUCCCCAAACCCUUAGCAAUCUCAAGCUCUCCAUCCUUUCCGAUCGCAGACACUCGCUUUCUAGUUUUUACUUUACCCUCGAUGGCAAGGCUCUCAGUGAUUCCACUCCGAUACCGAAUUCCCGAAUCGCCCCGCUCUCCACCUUGGUUUUGAGUUGCCGCCUUUCCGGGGGUGGAGGAGAUGGCGGGGCCACCGGGGCGGAGUCCCGAGACUGCUACCUCAACAUGUAUGCGGAGAAGAAGCCCGACAAGGUCGAUCCAAACGAGCAGCGGCUAUCAAAGUGGCUGAAUUGCGGGCUCUCAAACGAGCCUCUGACUGAGCCCUGUGUGAUUGAUAGACUGGGGAACAUAUUCAACAAGCAAGCGCUUGUGGAGGCUUUGUUGGGGAAGAAAUUACCCAAAGAGUUCGGGUAUAUAAAGGGGCUGAAGGAUAUGAUCAAUAUUAAGCUCUCGCCCAUUCCUAGUGAGGUUGGUGAGAGGAGUGAUACACGGUUUCAGUGCCCAAUCACGGGGCUUGAGUUUAAUGGGAAGUAUAAAUUCUUUGCUUUGAGAAAUUGUGGGCAUGUGCUCAGUGCAAAGGCUUUGAAGGAGGUAAAAUCAUCCUCGUGUUUGGUUUGUCAUGAGGAGUUCAAAGACUCAGAUAGGAUGGUGAUUAAUGGGAGUGAUGAGGAGGUGGCGGCCCUGAGGGAGAGGAUGGAAGAGGAGAGGGCAAAAAUCAGGGAUAAGAAGACAAAGAAGGUGAAGAAUGGGAAUGUUGUGAGUGUGAGUGUGACUGGGGAGGAGGUUGACCUGGUGUUGGAUUCAUCACAAAUGAGUGGAGCAAAGCGCAGGGUUGAUGAUAAGGGUGUGGUAAAGGUUUCAGGUAAAGUCGAGGUCAAUGGAAAAGUUGAGAAUGGUGGGGUUACAGUUAAGGGUUCUACCAAUGGCCCUGUGGUGAAGAAGUUUAAAGCUGCUGCCCCUCCUAAUGCUAAUAAGGAAGUGUAUGCAUCAAUAUUUACUUCGUCUAGGAAGUCAGAAUUUAAGGAGACUUAUAGUUGCAGGUCGCUCCCCCUUGGCCGGAAUUGACGUGGAAGGUUCGUUGGCACAUAUCUUGUGCUCUACAAGGAAUUGCUCCUUUCAAGCCAUUCUGUCUCACACUCCUCUACGAACCUUAGCAGUAUCAUCCACCGUCUUGAAUCAGGCAAAACUGAAUAGCCUUCCGUUGUUGUGGUAAUGGGAGAAAGGAAAAAGGAAGAGUUGGGUUUGUUUUGUGGAGGUUGAUGGGCCACAGGUGGUGAUUGAAAGCAGUUUGGAGCGAUUGAUUUUGUUGAUUGGAGUUGGAUAUUCAGAAUUUUUUUUUUUUGUCAACAUUUUCUAUCAUUGGCACAUUGUUUUUCUGUGUAAAAAACUUCUAAAUGUUCUUUCUAUGUAUGCCUUAUUGCAAACUUUCAUA